AAAUGGACUUCAUUGGAAGCCUAGGGGCUGCCCUAUUCUUGGGUCUUUUUCAAGCUGCAAUGGAGCUUAUGAGUAUUGUGAGGGUGAGGGCAAAAAUAAGAAAACAUCAUGGUUAAAGCAUACGCACAAGAGUACAUUUACAAGCACCCAUGGGAGCGGGUAACUUCUGCAUCUUGGCGCAAGUUUACUGACCAUGAGAACAGGCGCAUACUGGACCAUAUCCUUGAAGUUGACACGCUGAGCUGCAAACUUGACCCUAUAUCUCAGAAGCUUUGUACCACUCGUGCAGUCACCCUCCAUUUCCCCGGACCGUGGUUCAUACGCAAAAUCAUCGGUCAGGAUAUCUGCCACUGCAUUGAAUCAACAACCGUGGAUGCCCGAUCACGGUCAAUGCAACUCACUUCCAGAAAUGUUGGUCUUCAGAACUUCAUAGAAGUGGAGGAGAAGAUCCGGUAUGACCCCCACCCAGAUAAUCCAAAUGGGUGGACCAUUUGCAGACAGGAGACUAGCAUACAUAUAAAGCCAUUAUCUGCACUGGCAUCAAUUGCAGAAAUGGUGGAGCAACGAUGUGCAGAGAAAGUUGUGAAGAAUAGUGCUACGGGUAGAGAGGUUAUGGAGAGGAUCUGUAAAUACCUGGAAGCUGAAUCUAGAGAGAUUGCUCUGGAAUCCAAACUUCCACAGUUUGUAGCUGAGAACCUGUCCCUAACAACUGAAAAUAAAAUACUGCCAUGAAAGGGUAUACUUGGAAGGCAAAUAUGCAUAUGCAAGAAUGGACUAGUAGCAUGUUUUAAGUGAUUGAUGUAUAAAUCCAUGUAAGACACGCUAUGCUAGUCAGUGUGAUAAAUAAGUUUGAAGAAUAUCAUCACGCUUUUUUCAAAUCAGCAUUCUUAGCCCAAAAAAGAAGAAAGAUAACCGAGAUGAGAAC